CAGCUGUCGGCCGCCAAGGUUUCGUGAACUCGUACCGUGGGCUAACUCGCAUCAUCUGUGCGAAGCUUCCAUCAAGGCUUAAUACCGUCAGCCCAUCCGGUGCUCCCCUUCACUCCCACACAUGCGCUUCCUGGUGAAGCGUCCCGAGCGGCAGCCAUGAACGUCUUUGAGGAUCCCGACAAUCCCAACAAAGACGAGUGCAUUCCCGCGAACACAGUUGGGCCCGGCAAGAGAGACACCCAGGUUCAGUUCAUCAUCUCUCUAGCACUCGGCCUGUCGGCAUUUCUAGCUUUCUGUGUUCUGCGACCACGAUGGAAAUCGCUGUACGCCGCGCGGAAGCGACACUCGAACUCCUCCUUCCUCGGCCUGCCUGCGCUUCCCGACACGUUCUUCGGAUGGAUCCCCGUGCUCUACAGGAUCACCGAACAGCAGGUCCUCUCCUCCGCCGGCCUUGACGCCUAUGUCUUUCUAGCCUUCUUCAAGAUGUCAAUGCGCCUCUUCGCCGUCAUGUUCUUUUUCGCCGCCGUCGUGCUCGAGCCUAUCAACCGCCACUUUCUCAAAAAAGAUACCGACUCGACCGAGGCAUUUCCCUUCCGCCCUUAUGCGACGUACAGCAGCUACGAGUCCGCGCCGGACAACCCAGAGCACGAACCGGAUAACAGCUUCGACCGCAGAUUGGGAUAUCUAUGGUCCUACCUGUUGUUCACAUACCUCUUCACCGGUCUCACCCUCUUCUUCAUGGACAGGGAGACGUCGAAGGUGAUACGCGUGCGCCAGGAUUAUCUGGGAACGCAGUCGACCAUUACCGACCGGACUUUUCGGUUAUCCGGUAUCCCGAAAGAACUCAGGACCGAAGAGGCCAUCAAGGACCUGGUGGAGAAGCUCGAGAUCGGCAAGGUCGAAAGCGUCACGCUCUGCCGCAACUGGAAAGAAAUCGAUAAAUUGAUGGAAGACAGGAAGGCAAUCUUGGAGAAGCUGGAGGAGACCUGGAGCGUCUACCUUUCCCAAACCCGAGUAAGAGUUGCCGGAAACCGGCGGAAUAGAGACGGCAGCGGCCGGUUUGGCACCAACGCCGGAGAAGCUUCGGAUCGUGAUGACGAAGAAGCUGGAGAGAGGGACCGCCUGUUGGAGGGCGGCGGAUCCCGCGCAGUGGAGACAGUGCGCCCACAGACACGGUUUCGGUACGGCUUCCUGCGCCUACAGAGCCGCAAGACGGAUGCCAUCGACUAUUACACGGAAAAGCUCCGCCAGCUCGACGACAAGAUCACGGCCGCCCGGAAGAAGACGUAUGAGGCCGCCGAUCUCGCUUUCGUCACCAUGGACUCUAUCGCAGCCUGUCAGAUGGCGAUCCAGGCCCUUAUCGACCCGCACCCGGGCCGCUUGUUGACGAAGCCUGCUCCGGCCCCAUCAGACGUGGUAUGGAAGAACACAUAUGCGCCACGUUUCAUCCGCCGAAUCCGGUCCUGGGCCGUAACCAUAUUCGUCGCCAUCCUGACCGUGGUCUGGUUGGUCCCCGUCUUCUUCCUCGCCUCCGUCCUAAGCAUCUGCACUAUCGACAAGUUCUUCCCUUCGUUUAGCGAAUGGCUCAAAGAACACGAAAUCGCCCGCACCCAGGUCCAGACGGGUCUCCCCACCCUCGUCGUCUCACUGCUCAACAUUGCUGUUCCUUAUCUCUACGACUACCUCUCGUGGCACCAAGGCAUGCUCUCCCAGGGCGACAUUGCCCUCUCAGCCAUCAGCAAGAACUUCUUCUUCACUUUCUUCAACCUCUUCCUCAUUUUCACCGUCUUCGGUGCCGUCACCUCCAUCUUCGACGUCCUCCGGAACUCUCUCAAAGAUACCACUUAUAUCGCCUAUACCCUCGCCCGCAAGAUCGAAGACCUCUCCGUUUUCUACACCAACUUUAUCAUGCUCCAGGGUCUUGGCCUCUUCCCCUUCCGUCUCCUGCAGUUUGGGGACGUGGCCCAGUAUCCAAUCAUGCGCAUGGGCGCCAAAACCCCCCGCGACUUUGCUCGACUGCUCCAGCCGCCCAUGUUCUACUACGGCUUCUACCUGCCCACCGCCCUGCUUGUAUUCAUUCUCUGCUUGGUCUAUAGCCCGCUUCCCGGCGGUUUCCUCGUCCUGGCGCUGGGCGUUGCCUACUUCUCGCUUGGCUACUUCACUUACAAGUACCAGCUGCUGUAUGCCAUGGACCAGCCGCAGCACGCCACCGGCGGCGCCUGGCGCAUGAUUUGCUAUCGCAUCAUGCUUGGCCUCAUCGUGCUCCAGCUGACCAUGUCGGGAUACUUGGCCUUGAAGAAGGCCUUUACCGUCUCGCUGCUGGUCGGCCCCCUCUUCGUGGCGACGCUGUGGUACGGGUGGGAUUUCAGGCGGAGGGCGGAACCCCUGACAAGGUUCAUUGCGCUGAGGAGUAUUGAACGCGCUGGGGAGGGCAGCGAAAGUGCUAUCGCUGACGAGGAUCUGGCUUGGGGGCGCGGGGAGGAGCAGAGAGAGAUGCUGAGAAGGACGAGUACAGUGGACGAGGACCGGGAGAAGGGUUUGCGCUUCGUGAACCCGAGCUUGGUGGCUCCACUCGAACAACCCUGGAUCUACGAGGAACCGCCACCUCCGCUGGCCGACUCUGACGCCGAAGACGCUUCUGGGGACGGAGCUGACGUACACGAACAUCAGCCUGGCUAUUAAACCCCGCUUGUCGGAGGAGUUGCCAGCAGCCAGUCAUCGAGUUCUUUUAGUCUAGGAGACACUCAUGUGUGGCGGGAGUGAUGCAUCGCCUCGUAAUGUCGGUCAUGUUUCCACGGCUUCUCUGGCUGCACUGGACGAUGGAUGGUAGCGGUGCAGCAUUCGUGGGAUUUCGCUUUCACUCUUUUUUUUCAUUUUGUCCUGCAACCUAUGAGAGAUGAUGAAGGGCACCAAAGCUUGGGCGGCUUCAGUCAUUUCAAAGGCGUUGGGAGAAAUCAAGGGGCAGUAAUAUGAAUGUACCACGUUGAUGAUGACGCUGCAUGAGAUAAUUAAAUAGGAUGGACAUAUAAUUAGGUCUAUAUACCCUCUGGCAGCCAAUGAAUAGGAUUUCCUUCUUUCAACGUUACCUGGUUUCAGGAUAAACGGUAUUUGUCGGGAAC